AUGUUUGGCUUGGACAUGAUCCCACAUCUUAGUAGGACUGGACCUGCACUUGACCUUUUUAAAGCUAAAUUGGAGGCUGUUAUGGAUGAAGCAAGAUCUCAACAAGCUGCAUCCAUGACUGAAUUUCAUUGGCUAGGGCAUAGAUUUCCAAUAUCAAAUGCCAAAACUCGCGUUUCCAUUUUGAAAGCUAAGGAAUUGGAGAAGGAGAUUAAUUAUCGAAAGGAAGGUGCUCUUCCAUCUGAGAAAAGACUUGCUGUUUUUGACAAAAUCUUUGCUGCAUAUCAUGAAGCCGGAAGCUCCAUUCGUAAUGACUUCGAUGAUUUGAGUGGACUUGAUAAAGUUACAUUGAACGCAACCAACUGUUGGUUAGUAUUGCAAAGAAAUACAGCAGAUCUUUCUGACUUGUUGAGUUCUGGAAGAGACAGAAAAUAG